CUGAGUUUGCCUGCGCCGGUGUGGUUCACUCGUGGCCUCACACGCUCCUUCCCCGGUCUCAUGGCCGGUCUGACUCUAUUUGUGGGCCGUCUCCCGCCCUCGGCUCGCAGCGAGCAGCUAGAAGAGCUGUUCAGUCAGGUGGGUCCGGUGAAGCAGUGCUUCGUGGUGACUGAGAAAGGAAGUAAGGCAUGCCGGGGCUUUGGUUAUGUUACUUUCUCCAUGCUGGAAGAUGUUCAGAGGGCCCUCAAGGAGAUCACUUCCUUCGAAGGUUGCAAGAUCAACGUGACUGUUGCCAAGAAAAAGCUGAAGAACAAGUCCAAGGAAAAGAGGAAAAAUGAAAAUUCAGAGUCUCCAAAGAAAGUGCCAAAGCCCAAAAAAGCCAAAGUGGCAGAUAAGAAAGCCAGAUUAAUUAUCCGGAAUCUCAGCUUUAGGUGUUCAGAAGAUGACUUGAAAGCAGUAUGUUGUCACUAUGGAACUGUUCUGGAAGUGAAUAUCCCAAGGAAGUCAGAUGGAAAGAUGCGUGGUUUUGCUUUUGUUCAGUUCAAAAACCUCCUUGAAGCAGGAAAAGCGCUCAAAGGCAUGAAUAUGAAAGACAUAAAAGGUAGGACUGUAGCUGUGGAUUGGGCUGUGGCAAAGGACAAAUACAAAGAUACCCAGCCUGCUUCUUCCCCAGGUGGAACAAAGAGCCAUGCGCAGAAGCAUCAGGAUUCAGGUAAAAAGAAUGGCAGGGUGGAAGAGCAAGAUGAGGAAGAUGAUGAAAGUGAUGAUGAUGAAGAAGGUGAUGAUGACGAUGUAGAAGAGCAGAGUAGAGGAUUAGCUGUGACCACUCAUGUGAAAACUCAGAAGAGAGCAGUGAAGAAAGCAGCUCCUGAAGAAAGCCCUGAGGAAGACACUUUUGAUGAGGACAGUGACCUGGAGGAAGGAGGCAGCAGUGAUGAAGAAGGAAUGGUGCAGAGCGAUAGCAGUGCUGAAGAGCACGGCGAUGAAGAUGUUCCCUCAAAGAAGAAGAAGAGGAAGCUACGCUCAGAUGUGAACGAAGGGAAAACUGUUUUCAUCAGAAAUCUUUCAUUUGACUCAGAAGAGGAGGAGCUUGGGGAGGUCCUCCAGCAAUUUGGUGAUCUUAAGUAUGUCCGAAUAGUCUUGCAUCCAGACACAGAACAUUCUAAAGGUUGUGCAUUUGCACAGUUCAUGACUCAGGAAGCAGCUCAGAAAUGCCUUGCAGCUGCCUCUCCAGAGGCCGAGGGUGGUGGGCUUAAACUAGAUGGCCGGCAGCUCAAGGUUGACUUGGCUGUGACCCGUGAUGAGGCAGCAAAGCUUCAGACAAAGAAGGUGAAGAAGCCGACGGGAACCCGGAACCUCUACCUGGCCCGGGAAGGCUUGAUCCGUGCUGGGACGAAGGCUGCCGAGGGCGUGAGUGCUGCGGAUAUGGCCAAACGCGAGCGGUUUGAGCUACUAAAACAUCAGAAACUCAAGAACCAGAACAUCUUUGUCUCCCAGACCAGGCUUUGCCUGCACAAUCUCCCAAAGUCCGUGGAUGAUAAACAGCUGAGGAAGCUGCUGCUCCAUGCCACCAGAGGAGAGAAGGGGGUUUGCGUGAAGGAGUGUAGAGUGAUGCGAGACCUUAAAGCAGUUCAUGGAAAAAUGAAGGGCCAGUCCCUGGGCUACGCCUUUGCAGAGUUCCAAAAGCACGAGCAUGCCCUCAGAGCCCUCCGCCACAUCAACAACAACCCAGACAUCUUUGGGACCCAGAAGAGACCGAUAGUGGAGUUCUCUUUAGAAGAUCGAAGGAAGCUUAAAGUAAAGGAGCUGAGGAUCCAGCGCAGCCUGCAAAAAGCGGGAGCUAAGCCCGAAACCAGUAAGCCCGGAAAGGAGCAGAGGGAGCUUGGGACAGACAAGCAGCAGAGGGCAGCUCAGAGCGCCGCAGCGCAGGCUCACAGCAAGGCUUUGGCCGGCCCCACCUCCUGGACAGGCUUCCAGACCAAGGCUGAAGUGGAGCAGGUGGAGCUGCCUGAUGGGAAGAAGAGAAGAAAGGUCCUGGCGCUCCCUUCACACCAAGGCCCCAAAAUCAGGCUUCGGGACAAAGGCAAGGUGAAGUCCCUUCCUUCUAAGAAGCCAAAGGCCCAGUUAGGCCAGCGGAAGCAAAAGCAGCAGCGGUUAGCUUCCUCCCUGCAGGCACCCAGGAAAAAAGCUAAGGAGAGUAAGGCAGAGGCACACUUCAGCCAGCUGGUUGAGCAGUACAAGCAGAAGCUGCUGGGCCCUUCAAAAGGAACAUCCCUUAUGAAGAGAAGCAAAUGGUUUGACAGUUGAUGCCACCUUCAGACUUCCACUGAGGAGAACAGG